AUGUUAUGGAUGGCAAACACUAAUUUAUCUUUAAAGCUAGAUUCUGAUCGUCUUUCAGUGAAUUUAUCAACUCUUUAUAAAAAAUGGAUUGAUUCCGAUCCUUAUUUCGCAAAUUUAAUUUCUUCAUCGAAUCAGUUCUAUGAAGGUAUUCGUGUACUCUCGCAAGAUCCGUUUGAAACCAUGUUUUCAUUCAUUUGUUCGUCUAACAACAAUAUUCGCAGGAUAUCAAAAAUGGUUGCAAAAUUGUGUGAGCUAUAUGGCGAACAAAUUAUGGUUUCUUCUUCACCUCACAAUGUUUUCUAUAAUUUUCCUGAUCUCAAGCGAAUAAUAUUUGAUACUAAUGUUGAAUCGACGUUGAAACAAAAUGGAUUUGGUUACAGAGCUACUUUUAUAAGGUCUGCUGCUCAAAAAUUAAGUGAAUUUGGUGGAGAAUCUUGGUUAGAGGAUUUGAAAAAAGUUUCUUACACAGAUGCCAAGAAGGCUCUUCAAUUGCUGCCAGGCAUUGGACCAAAGGUUGCAGAUUGCAUAUGCCUUAUGGCGUUGCAGAAGUAUGAAGCGGUACCAAUAGAUACACAUGUUUUACAAAUCACUGCAAGCAUUUAUCUGCCUCAUUUGAUGAAUAAAAAGUCUUUAAAUAAAGCAAAUCGAAAAGAAAUUGAACGUAUGUGGAAAUAUAAAUUUGGAGAUUAUGCAGGAUGGGCACAUUCAGUACUUUUCAGCGCUAAUCUUUCAUAUUUCAAAAGUGAAUCGAAAAAUAGACUGAUAUACGAUAAUAUACGAUAUGCAGAUAUACGAUAA